ACUAUAAAAAAUCAAUUGAAAAACUAGUAGUCAAUAGUCAUCAUCGAUGUAUACAGGUUUUCAAUUUUCAAUCAUCAACUGUCCACACGCCACGUUUCAUUGCUUCAUCCCAUCAUCACCGCAACCGUUUUUUCGAUUAAUCUCGUAACUGCCAUCAUCAUUCUCACUUCUCUCAAAUCCCUAAUCCCCAAAUGGACCAAACCCACUGAAACCCUAAAAAUUUGAAUUUCAAUUCCAUGUCUCGUUUUCCCUUUCUCUUGCUUUUGAUUCUAACCCUAUCAACAACAGAUUCGAUUCAUUCUCUUAAAGUUCCUUUUAGAGUCAACGAUGUGUUACCAGUUCUCCCCCAUGGAAUUUCGUGGCCUGUACUCAAUAGUUUUCAUAGUGCUGUUGAUUUGCUUCCUUCUUUUGUUGGAUCUGUGACUCCUUAUAACGGUUCUAUUGAAUGGAAAGGUGCUUGUUUUUUCGAUAAUCAAGCUAAACUUGAGUUUACUCAUGGUGGUGAUAACAAUGGUUCUGAUUUGGGUGGUGCUAUUCUCUAUCUCAAGACAGGGGAAGCACACAGUUGGACCUGCAUGGACCUAUAUGUUUUUGCAACACCAUAUAGGAUUACAUGGGACUACUACUUCUCUGCACGAGAACAUACCUUGAAGCUUGAUUCGUGGGAAGAGCCUGCAGAGUUGGAAUAUGUAAAAGAGCAUGGAAUUUCUGUGUUUCUUAUGCCAGCAGGGAUGCUCGGUACCCUGGUUUCUCUAGUCGAUGUGUUGCCUCUAUUCUCUAACACUGCAUGGGGUCAGAGUUCCAAUUUGGAGUUCCUAAAGAAACACAUGGGUGCUAAAUUUGAGAAACGUAUUCAGCCUUGGCGUGCAACUAUUGAUCCUGCAGAUGUUCAUUCUGGAGAUUUUUUGGCUUUGUCAAAAAUUCGUGGUAGAUGGGGAGGUUUUGAGACACUUGAAAAGUGGGUAACUGGUGCAUUUGCUGGGCAUACAGCAGUUUGCUUGAAGGAUGAAAUGGGAAAUUUGUGGGUUGGUGAAUCAGGGCACGAGAAUGAAAAGGGUGAAGAAAUCAUAGUGGUAAUUCCAUGGCAUGAAUGGUGGGAAGCUGCUCUUAAAGAUGACUCCAACCCACAUAUAGCGUUGCUUCCCCUGCACCCAGAGUUGCGUGCAAAAUUUAACACCACUGCAGCAUGGGAAUAUGCACGGAGCAUGUCUGGCAAGCCAUAUGGUUAUCACAAUAUGAUAUUCAGUUGGAUUGACACAGUAGCUGACAACUAUCCUCCACCUCUUGAUGCUCACUUGGUAAUUUCUGUCAUGUCUAUGUGGUCAAGGAUGCAGCCAUCUUAUGCUGCAAACAUGUGGAAUGAAGCACUGAAUAAGCGGUUAGGGACUGAGGAUUUAGACUUGUAUGACAUUCUACUUGAGACUGAGAAGCGUGGGAUAGCUUUCGAUGAAUUACUUGCCAUUCCAGAACAAGAUGAUUGGGUAUACAGUGAUGGAAAGUCAACAACAUGUGUAGCAUUUAUUCUUUCAAUGUAUAAAGAGGCUGGAAUUUUUGGUCCCAUUGCUAGUUCCAUUCAAGUAACUGAAUUCACAAUUCGUGAUGCAUACAUGCUUAGGAUUUUUGAAGAUAAUCAAACACGUCUACCAAGAUGGUGCAACAAUGAGAAUGACAAGCUUCCAUUCUGCCAGAUUCUUGGUGAAUAUAGGAUGGAAUUUCCGGGCUAUAACACCUUGGAUGCUUAUUCCCAUAUGAACGAACAGUGUCCUUCCCUUCCUCCAACUUAUGAUAGGCCUUCGCAAUGCUAGAUUCAUCAUUUUUAAACUAUUCCUAUAUGAGAAGUGUUUGCAACACAUUUUCUUUCAGUCACUUUUUGGUACUCUUUCUAUUGUUGGCUGAAAUUCAUAUUGGAAUCCAUAAGGAUUUUGAAGUGGCGAGACUCACAUGAAUUUCAACUAAUAAUAAUAAGAGUAUCGUAAAGGGAGUGUUAGAGAAUGAGGAAUGAAUUCUCUCUGUCAGAUUUCUAUCUAGUGAAAUCCAUACCAUCCAUCAAAAAGGGGAAGAGGGAGGUCUAAUGGUGUGGAUCAAUACUGAAGAUAAAUUUAGUGAAAAUCUUACAGGAGGAAUCUAUCCUUUAGAAUAUGUUUUGCUAGCACUUCUCUUACUGUUUUUUUUUUUAUCGAUUUGCCUAUUAUCUGUAAUUUCAAGGCAUCUAGUAGUUUGCUAUUGUGUAAUUGUCUAUAAACUGCUGGAGAAAGUGCACCACGUAUCUUCUUCACCUGUUCCUUUUUAAGUUGACAUGGAUGUUGUAUGUAUAUAAAAAUUUAUAUUGGUGGGUA